GUUGACUAAGUCAAUAAUCAGAAUCAGCAGGUUUGGAGUCAGAUUGGCAGGGAUCAGCAGCCUGGCUUGGGAGAAGGAAGUAUAAAAGCCCCCAACCUGGGAGCAGCCAUUACAGAAGUCCACUAGUUCUUGGCAGGAUGGCUUCUCACAGUUUGCUUCUCCUUUGCCUUGCUGGACUGGUAUUUGUGUCUGAGGCUGACCCUACGGCCACUGAGCAAUCCAAAUGUCCUCUGAUGGUCAAAGUCCUGGACGCUGUCCGAGGCAGCCCUGCUGUCAAUGUGGGUGUACAAGUUUUCAAAAAGGCUGCUGAUGAGUCUUGGGAACCAUUUGCCUCUGGGAAAACCAGCAACACUGGAGAGCUUCAUGGGCUCACCACAAAUAAGAAGUUUGUAGAAGGUAUGUACAAAGUCGAAAUAGACACCAAAUCCUACUGGAAGGCACUGGGCAUUUCCCCGUUCCAUGAGUACGCAGAGGUGGUGUUCAUCGCCAAUGAUUCUGGCUUCCGCCACUACACCAUUGCGGCUCUGCUCAGCCCCUACUCCUACUCCACCACUGCUUUGGUCAGCAACCCACAGGAGUGA